CCAUAGGCUCGCGGCUGAUUGUGUAGCCGGUUCACGGAACAUUGUAAUACCACGUCGCGAUAAUAACAAUGUGAUAAAAGAACACGUGUUUCUACCAAUAUUGUCUUUCAUCAACACGUAGUAGUGUGUAAAAAUAUUGGAGAGAAAAUAUUGUACAUUAAAAUCUAGUUUGUGAUGUAUAUAUAUUUUUUUGUAACGUCAGUAUCGCGGGCAAUGACACCACUAUAAAUUAAACUACGUAUGUUUAUAUUUUCAAGGAGCGAAAUAUUAAAUUAUUUGACUUAGUUUUAAAAUGAAAAUCAAGAUUUUAUGUUAGUACGAACUUAAGGUUAAUCAGUAAUUAAAUAAAUAAAUAAAACAAUUAUUGUAAAAAUGGAAUAUGAGAAAUCAAUGGAUGGCAAAAAGCGGGAGCUGUUCUUUGAAGACGCUUUUGAAGUUGCUGGUCAUGGGAAAUUCAACCACUUGGUGCUUUUCACCAGCGGUUUAAUACUGCUAAACGUGUCAAUGGAGUCUCUUGGUAUGAGCUAUGUAAUCACUGCAGCCGAAUGUGAUUUGCAGCUUACCAACGAGCACAAAGGUCUGGUCAAUGCUGCAGCGUUUAUUGGUAUCAUCAGCACAUCUUUCCUAUGGGGUUACCUAGGUGACAAGUUGGGCCGCAGGACGGUCAUGCUGCCGGCUUUGGUGUUGUCAGCCGUCUUCUCAAUAGCAUCGUCCUUCUCCACCAGCGUUUGGAUGCUGGUGGUGUUACGGUUCUUAACUGGAUGCCUUGUAUCAGCGUCCAGUGCAACAGUGUAUGCUUAUCUUGGAGAGAUGCAUACGAACACGCGCCGCGCCUCGUCUAUAGCUUGGGGCUCCAUCUUUAUAUCCUUAUCAUUCAUCAUAUUGCCAGGUUUGGCGUGGCUGAUCAUUCCUGGAAAGUGGUCGUUUUUCCUUGGCAGUAUAAUGAUUGUACCGUGGCGCGCUUUUGUCUGGGCCUGGUGUGCGCCAGGACUGAUGGCGGCUAUCGCAUUACUGUUCCUGCCUGAAAGCCCUCGGUACCUGUUGGCUGCAAAAGGCCCUGAUGCUGCGAUGUCAGUACUGGCGAAGAUGUAUGCUUGGAAUCGUGGUGCUUCGGUUGACAAUUUUCCAGUGGAGAAAAUAUUGACAAUGAGUGUGGAGUCACAGAAAACAGGUUUCGUCGGCGCCCUCAAGAACAUAAGUCUAAUGUUCAGACCACCUCUGCUGCGAUGUGUGCUCAUCUCACAUAUAUCCAUGUUUGCAGUUUUCAUGCUCUCGAGUGGCUUGUAUGUAUGGGUGCCGGAAAUUUUGAACAAUAUCCUCCAAAGUACCAGUGAACGCAGCAUUACGAUCUGCGAAAUUAUCCACGAGAAGAUAAGAAAGGAAAGGGAAUUGACUCUUCAGGUCAACAGCACGUGCACAACGGACGUGUCGGUGGGCGUGUUUCCCAUAUCUAUGGGGAUGGGACUCGUGUUCGCACUAACGUACUUCGCCAUUGGUUUGUUUAUAAACAAGAUUGGCAGGCAGAUAUUGUACUGUGGUAUAAUGGUGUGCUGUGGCGUGGCGACGGCGGGCGCGGCGCUGGUGCCGCAGGGUGGCGCGGCGACCGCGCUGCUGGUGGCGGCGCUGUGCUCGGGCUGUGCCGCCUCCAUUCUUGCUGCCAUCGCCGUGGACGUCUUCCCCACCUGUUUACGGGCUAUGGCAAUGUGUGUGAUGUACAUGGUGGGGCGAACGGGGGCAGCUGUGGGCUCUUAUGUGUUAGGCGCUACUCUCAACACAUACUGUCUGACAGUUUUCAUAGCCUUAGGAGCGUUCACUGCAGGUUCGACGCUCCUUAUUUUAUUCUGGCCAAAGCCGGAGGAAGUGAGAGAGAAGAUGGAAGAACAGGGAUUAACAUAUUAAAUAUAUAUUUAACAUCAUAAGUAAAGGGCACAAUAGAUGUGCGCGUACCCAUAUAGGUAUAUAAUAUAUAAUUUUUCUAAUUAGGUACCUAUAUUUAGGUAUCUAAGUAGAAAAAUAAUUACUGCUGACUUUGGUCUACUGCUGCGUGAACAAAGAAUGUUGCCUAAAAACGGACGGACACUAGAGGGCGACACUCAUACGUAUGUCUUAUACCGUUAAUGGCUGUUUUGAUGGGUGAAAAUGGUAUGGUAACCCCGCCUGCGCUAACGGGAUACGCUGGCGGAGCACCAGUGAAGGGUGAUAGAUGAGAACAGUUAGCCCAUCAUGAUGAAUUCAUCAGGAAUUAACCAUGAUAGUUUCCAGGGGGAACCGCGAGGAGGUCGACCUGGUUGAGUAUAUUGCUAGCAAUGGGAUUCUCAAUCUCCAUUACUAACAAUCCCUUUCCCCCUACGUUAAUGGCUACCACAGUAGUCCAUUGUUGGACACGUGCCUUUCCUAAGACAAACAAGUAAAUUAUGGUAAUAUUUACAUUUUUUAUGGAGACUGCAAUUUUUUUAGAGAUCUACCAACGUCAAGUCAGUUAUAGAGGUAACGUGGAGGAAAAUAUAAUUGUAUGAAUAAAUAAAAAAAAAUACCAUUAAUUUUAAAUUAAUAAUGUAUGGAUUUGAUGAAAUAGAUCUGUUUAAAUUUGUUUAUUUCUGUUAUAAAAAAAUCUAAUUUUCAUACAAGUAUUUUCAUUUAGAAAAAGUCAUAGAUAUAAUUUUGAAUCUAUGAUUAUAUCUAAUUUUAAUAUAUUCUGUAUUUAUUACCCAUAGAUAAUAACUAUUCUUUAUCUAUGUUUUUUUUUAUAUUAUAAAUGUUAUAUUACUAUUUGGGCAAAACAGAAAAAUACAUUCCCAAAAAUGAAUCAGCAAAUAUUAAGACAUGUCUUUUAACUUUAUAUAAUUUAUUUAAAUGCCUUUUUUGGUAUUUCACUAAUAUAAUACGUUAAAAGUAUUUUU